UUGUUCGCACCAAUCCUGACAGUGGAUGAAACGGCUAUCUGCUGGGUGCUCCAGAAGAUGCCAGAUCUUCUGGCCAGCACUGAGUCCUCUGACGUGAAGCAAGAGGAACUGCAGAAGCUGGCUGACAAGGUGUCUGCCAGCAUGGUGGAGAAGGAGAGUCUUGCCAAGGAUCAACUCCGAGCUGUCUUGCAUGUGCUGGAGUUGUGCGAGUUUGCAGUGGACAAGCCCUCGGUCCAGCUGGAUGCCGUGACGCCCGAACACGAGACGAGGGAGACCUACGACAGCCGCCCUUUCAUCGCUGACACCCGAACCGGAAUCGCAAGAUGGGUAUCGGUCUCAGAAGAAGACAAGUACAAGAGGAUAAUCCUAAGCCCCGACGAGGGAGGCCCGUUGUACACAGCCUGGCAGUUCUGUGCAAAGAACCAGUUGCCCAUCGGCUUCUGCCGUGAUGAGUUGCAGCUCGCACGCAGUCUUUCAAUUCAGAAAGCUCUAGGACAGCAACCCACUGCCUGCACCUUCCUUCGCAGGGACAUUAGACUGGCAAUGCAAGAUGAAGAGACUAAUAGAGUCAACCUGCCCAGUUGGAACUUUGUCGUUUUGCAGGCACAUGCCGAUGACCUUCUUCAGCAACUCUACGCAGAACUGAUCCUGGCAGAGAAUGACAUCCCCUUCACUGACGAUGCACAGCAGAAUUUCCAACAUGUGCUGGAGAUUCUGAACAACGUCUACAAGCAUCCUGGCUGA